AUGAAUCGCCAAUCCAUUUUUAUUCUCGCAUUUGUCUUUUCUCUUCUCUUCGUUAGCGCUUCUUCCGACGACAAUGUACCCAUCAAACAAGUUGUACCUUUGCUGGUCAACGUCAAAAAAGCUGGAAGCGAUAAGUUGAUUGUAGAAACUGCAUGGACUGGAACUGGAGAAGAAAAAGAUGAGAAGGUCAGAGCAAGACUUAGGUGUUUCCCUCGUGAUGCGGUGACUGUCAAAAAUUCACCUCAGUACCUUGUAUUUGGUAAACUAAAAACUUCCUACGAAGUGAUAGUUCAUAAAAAGGAUACCGACGUGAAGUGUAUAUCGGGAAUUUUUGAUAUUGAUAGUUUUAAAAACACCUUUUCUUUCCGGACUUGA